CUCUUGUUCGCACAAGGCAUGGCGGCGAGUUUCGCACCAGACUGCCUUCUAGUGAUCAUCUGCCGUCGGUUAGCCGUGCCUCGAACUUUUCUGAGGCAUCCGAAGCGCCCAGCAUCGGCCCGUCAGCAACACUAUCACUUGCUGUAAGUGGAGUCUCCGUGGGUCUGGCUGGUGAGCUGAGGUCGACGACAGGCCACCGGCGUACAGCAGAGCGCGCUGAUCUGAUGCCGGAGGGUCAACGAGACGGUCGUCAGUCGAAUGAGGCUAAUGAGGUCGCCAAGAGGGACAGAUCUGAGAGAAGAGGAGCAGGAGGAGGCGGAGAAAAAAGGGUUGCAGAGAAGAGAGACAGUGGAACAGAGGCACAGAUUCGAGGGACGGGAGAAAAAGGAGGUAAACCAGAUGGUAAAUUCUCAGGAAGAAGCGGACUAAAAUACCUUUUCGAAGACGAAAUGGAAUGGACAUUUUUGCUGAGGUUGAGAAUUCCUAGAUGCACCAAAUACCAAAUUGUAUCCUCAGUUCUAGCAAAAUUUUAG